AUGUCCCAGAAGACUGUUGUGAUCGUCGGUGCUGGUUUUUUCGGUAUUUCAACAGCUAAUCGUUUAGCCAACUCUACAAAUCAUAAAAUUAUCUUGGUUACAAUUUCCAAACAUGCCUAUUUCUUGAUUAGUUCAAUAAGAGUUCCAGUUCAAAAUAAGACAGAAGGCACAUUUGUUCCAAUAGAUGGGCUAGUAUCUCCUAAAGUUGAAGUUAUCCAGGAUGAGAUUGUCAAUUUUGAUGAAUAUCAAGUUCAAUUCGAAAACCAUGAUGAUUUGAAAUUUGAUGUCCUAGUCAUUGCAACUGGUGCAAAAUGGCCGGAUCCAAUUGGAUCAAACUUGAAAUUCAAGGAUGAUUUUGAACAGUAUUUUGAAAAAAGACAUAAAGAGAUUGAAAAUGCAAAACACAUUGUCCUUGUUGGUGGUGGAUUCAACAAUUGUGAGCUUUUAGGUGAAUUAAUCCACCAAUACAAAGGCCAACUAGAAUCAGGAAGCAAGAAAAUUACAAUGAUUCAUAGCCGUGAUAAAUUACUACCAGAUGAUGGGUUUUAUUCAGAUCCUUUAAGGGAGAAAGUUACAAGCUUUGUCCAAGGUUGUCAAGUCGAUUUGAGAUUAAGUACAAGAGCAAAACCAUUAGAAUCUGAUAAAAAUAAGUUAGUUCUGAAUGGAGAUUCUAAUAAUACUAUUGAGGGUGAUUUGAUUAUUUAUGGAACAGGUGCAGUUGCUGCGGUCCCUCCAAAUAACAUAACUGGGUUAACUGACUCAAAAGGGUUCAUUGCUAUUGAUGAAACAUUCCAAGUGAAAGCAGUUGAAAAAGGUCACAUAUUUUCAAUAGGUGAUGUUACAGACUUUGAAUAUAGAGGGUUAGUAUUGAGAAGACAUUGGCUGAAUGCUAUUGUGAAAAAUAUCAAGGUUGUUCUCCAAAACCCAAGCACGGCUACAAAAGAAUUUUAUAGAGUCGAUCGACCAAGUGGAAAUGUAACAACAUUUGUUAUUGAUCAAAGAAGAACAAAAAAGACAGUCGUUGUUAUUGGGGGUGGUAUCUUUAGAGUUUCAAGCGCAAAUAACUUAUAUCGCUCAUUAAAUUCCCAUAAAUAUGUGAUAAAGUUAGUCACAAUAUCAGAUCAUGUUUAUUUUCUUCCAGCAUCUGAUAGAUUGGCUAUUACCAAAGAUUAUCGUGGUGUUUUGAUUCCACUGAAUCAAGUUUUAGAUAAUGGGGUUCAAAUUAUAAAGAAUGAAGUUAUUCAUUUUGAUGAAAAUACAAUUGUGUUCAAUUCUGGUCAUUCAAUAAAGUUUGAUGUUUUAAUUAUUGCAACUGGCGCUAAAUGGGCUUCACCUCACGUCGUGUUCAUUGGUGGAGGUUUUUUCAGCACCGAGCUUGCUGGUGAGGUUGUACAUUAUCACGGGAAAGAGAUUGCGUCUGGUAAGAAGAAGGUUACGAUAAUUCACAGUUCUGAUAAGUUACUACCAAAUAAUGGAUUCUUCACAGAUACUUUAAGAACCCAAAUCACUGAUUACCUAGUUCAGAGAGGUGUCAAGUUGAUCAAAAAUUGCAGAGGAACACAACUAGAUUUCAAUCCAAACAUUAUUAUCUUAAACGAUGACCCAAACAAAUUCAUUGAAGCUGAUUUGAUCUAUUCUGGAGUUGGUACAAAUCCCGCUGUACCUCCAAAUGAAAUCAAAAAUUUCACAAAUCAAUCGGGUUAUGUCAAAGUAAAAAAAACUUUUCAAGCUACAGCUGUAUCAAAAGGUAACGUUUUUGCUAUUGGAGACGUCAAUGAUUUCACUUAUCAUGGUAUAGCCAAAAGAGAUAACUGGGUUUCAACGAUAACAACCAAUGUUUGCAGGUAUCUAAAAUAUGGACCUGGUACAACACUAACAAAUGCUUCAACUUAUGAACACGGUGAUACUAUUCCAUGCGCUGUUUCGUUAGGUCCUAUUGCUGGGUUUGGUCAAAGUCAAAUCCCUUUAGUUGGAACAUUGAAGUUGCCUUCUUUUAUCGUUGUUAGGACAAAGUCUAAAAGGUUACUUACAAAUAAGGCUAAACAUUUUUAUGCUGGUUGA